CGCUAGCUGUAGGGACAUGGCGGUUGUGGGAGUGUGCAGUGUUGUAGACCGGUGACUUGUGGAUUCUUUAUAUUCGGAGUCGGUUGCUGGAAGUUAGGUGAGAGGAACUAAUGCCUCACAGCCCUGAACCUACAAGUGAGCUCUUGCAAACUGUUUAUUGACGGUGGCAACAGUUUAUUUUAUCUCUCUAAAUGUAUCACUUAUGUCCCUGAAAAAACGUGGACAUGAGGCAUGGCAGACCGACAUAGGGAUAGGUCAGUGACUAAGUCCACAUCAUCUUGUGAAGACAAAAUGGAGAGAGGAAGGGAAAAGAAGAAAAGGAAACGCAGCAGAAGCCGAUCCUCGUCUACAUCAUCGUCCUCUUCAAGUUCCUCUUCAUCAUCUUAUUCCUCCUCUCGAUCAUCCUCUUCUUCCAGUAGCCGCAGUAGCUCCAGUAGCAGAGGAGAUUUGCCAAAGUCAAAAUCGAUAAAAUCAAAAAAUGAACAACAAAACAAAAAGAUGAGGAAAAAAGACAGUAAGGCAAAGAAAAAGAAAGAAAAGAAAAAAAAGCGAAAGGAAUCUAGACCUGUACAAAUCUCUAAGGUGGUGGUUUCAACAGACAAAAGCAGCUAUUCAGAUGACAAAAUAAAGUAUCUGAAAGAAAAAAAGAAGAAUGACAACUACAGCAUGAUAACUGGUAAGAAGAUAAAAAUGAAAGUGAAGAAAACCAAGGAAGAUAGAAAGAGGGACAGAAACCGUGCAGAACUUCUGGAUUUCUUGAACUCCUCCAUGUGACUGAUUAUACACAUACCCCAAAUGGACUACUUACAAGCAGCAAUCAUAUAUACAUAGUAUAUAGUAUUGUAUUUUAUAUACUUAUAUUUUAAAAGAAAGGAAGGUUUAUUGGAGCUGUGACUUAAGAAGACAAAGUAUUUGGCAGACCAUACGUUUCAACAGUUAAACAAUGUGUUUUAUGUAAAAUGCACAAUUCUAGCAGCCUUGCAGAACUGUCAAUAUAAGAAUCGGGAAGAUGAUUCAUUUACUUGGUUAGACCCUACAAGAUUAGUGUUUAAAUAUUACUUUUUUGCUUGGGGGGUAGGGGGAGAACAGAUUUAUUUUUUAAUCAAAUUGAUAUAGAGCCUGCGGAAUGUGUUGCAGUGUUCUCCAGCAGCAAAGGGGUUAAAAUGACACAAGUCAGUACUGUGCUGUGCAACAUACUUUGCGAUAUACAAGGUGUUUAAAAAGGCUGUUAUCUUUUCACAAUACAAAUCGUUACCAUGUACACCACCCUGUGCCCUCUACUGGGGCAUAUAUUCUUGUGUACGAGUUUGAUUGACAAGCAGUCAAGUGCAUAUACAUCAAUAGAACCUUUCAAGAUUAGUCAAUAGUUUAUUGAACAGAAGCAAAAACUGCUUUUUGUUUUUUUUUGUUUAUUUGUUUUUUUAUAAAAAAAAAAGCAUUGUAAUAUAGUGUGCAAAACCAGCAUACUGUUGGCUUUGUUGAUCUAUAAUUAAAGAUAAAAAUGGAAUUUAAGUAAUAGUACUAAAAGUUUGUUAGAUAAUAAAAGGAUUUAGCAGCAAGCCAUAUUCUAAACUCUCUCAUUAAAUUGUAGCUGAUCCUUUUUGGAAUUUUUCAUUAAAACUAAAUUAACAUUAAGUUUCUCCAGGGUUGCUGCUUUAGUAAGAAGAUAUGUAAUAGAUGUUUAAAUGGACAUUAAACACUUUGAGGUAGUAAUAUAAAGUGAUAAACUGUAUAUGUAAAAAAAAAACCUCUGCAAUCUACUUUAUUUAUUUUGUUCCCUUUUCCUGUAAUUCCAUUCUGAAACGGUGAGCUUUUCAUAUUUCUGUUAGAAAUGGAAGUGCACACUGUUAUUUUCCACACAGCCAUUGGCUGCACACUCUAGUGGCCUAUUAAUAACUAUCCCUAAUUGGCCACAGCAGAGAAAGAAACCUAGGUUGCAACAUGGCAGCGGCAAUUGCUUUAUAGACACUAAAAGUUUACACUUAUUUUGUCAAUAUUUAAACAAAUAAUGAAACUUUAAAAAAAUACAUCUUAAUGUUAUUACUCAGACUAAUCUUUUCUUAGAAUGCAUCAUUCUAUCUAGCAUUUUAGUUUUUAAUGUCCCUUUAUACAUAUUUACUACUGUGAUGGGAAACCAAAAUGAAACCUUGCAAGAUAGUCUUAAAUACGUUUGCAGAAAAGAUUCUAUUCAGUAUGGUGUAUUUGAACUAUUGUAGAUAAAAAAAACAAAGAAAUGAAGGUUUGCAGUUAGACUUUAUUUGCAUUCCGAGAAUAAUUUACAGCGUUCUGUUCAUAUCACAUAAAUACUUGAAUACUCUAUAUUACAGCUCUCAUGGUUCUGGAAUGUGUCUUGUUCUCGUUUUGGCAAUUUUUUUGCAAUCAUCCAUUUUUUUGUUUUGUAAACUGUGAUGCCUCUUCCCUUGUAAAUAUUUUCUACCUUUUCAUAAAAAAAAUAAUUCUGAAAUCCAGAAAA